AUGGGUACCUAUAGAAAGCGGUUUAAUGAGAAAGCCAGAGCUGGCCAUAUGGCUAGACUAAAAGAGUUGAAACGAGUUAGAAAUAAACAGUUUACCAGGCAUUUAGAAAAUAAUGAAGAAAAUAAUACCUCAGAAGAUACGACCUCUAAUUUGCCAAAAGACUCUAAUGCUGAAUUAUUGGAACCAGUUACUGCAGAAGAAAAAGCUCUCAAGAAAAGAAAGUUACAAGAACUUUUUACUCCAAAAGAAUCUAAAAUUUCAAGGCUUAAAAAGAAAAGAUUAGAUAAGUUUAUAGAGCAUCAGUUGAAAAGAGAAGAGAAAACUACCAUUAUAAAAAAAUUACAAGAUUAUAAAAUGGAUACUUCAAUAUUAGUCAGUUCUAAGAGAUUAGGGCAUGGUAGACAAACUAAGAAGGAAGAAUUUGCUGAAGCUUUAAGCUUAGAACAACAAGGUAGAGGUAAUGAACACACAAAGGAAGUAUUAUAUGAAGAACAUGUGACAAGAGAUUGGGAUGAGGAUCAUAAAAAUUUGAAAAAUACAAAUAAACCAUCUGAUAAUGAAUAUGAGGAUAAAGAUGAGGAUGAGGAUGAUGAGGAAGAAGAUGAUUUUGAAUCUAAAUUUGGUGAUACCUCGGCUCCAUCUUCAUCAUUUAUCGAUAACAGACCAGCAAAGUUUGGGGGUUCAGGUUUUGGAUUUGGUUUCUCAAAUGCUACUGUUAUUAAGAAAGAUAAAAAACAGCCAAAAAAGAAAUAUAAUUGGAGACAACGUAUUGAACUACAAGAACAACGCAAGCAUAAUGCAGAAGAUGAAAUGGAUUUUGAAUCCACUGAUACAGAAUCUUCGCCAUCUGAUGAAGGUGAAACUAAUGAAUCUGAAUCUGAAUCUAUUGAUGACGAGGAUAUCCAGGCUGUAAAUGAAGAUAAAAAUUCAAGUGAUAGUGAAAGUUCUAAUUCUUAUAUUAACGAGGAAGAUGAAACAGAUUCCAAGAAAUUUAGCCACAGUGCAAAAGCUGUAGAUUUCAAAGAAUGGGCUAAUAAGGAAAUUAAAAUUAUGGAAGGUAGAAACGUAUCUUUAGAAACUCCAAAGUUAAAAGGUGAAUAUAAACCUAUUAUCAGGGAAGAAGAUUUGGAUGACGGUUUAGAAGAAACAUAUAUUCCCAUUAAUGAAAAUUCUAAACGUAAAGCUUUUUAUGUUCAAGUUGACAGGUCAAGUGAAAUCCAGGCUACAAGGAUGGCAUUACCAGUAUUUGGUGAAGAGCACAAAAUUAUGGAGGCUAUUUAUCAUAAUGAUGUUGUAAUUAUUUGUGGUGAAACUGGGUCAGGUAAAACUACUCAGGUUCCCCAAUUUUUAUAUGAAGCUGGUUUUGGUAACCCAGAGUCACCUGAAAACCCAGGGAUGAUUGGUAUUACUCAGCCUAGGAGAGUUGCUGCUGUUUCCAUGUCAGAACGUGUGGGUAAUGAAUUAGGUAAUCACAAGAAUCAUGUUGGCUAUCAAAUUAGAUUUGAUUCUUCAACAAAGAGUGAUACUAGAGUCAAAUUCAUGACAGAUGGUGUUCUUUUAAGGGAAAUGAUGCAAGAUUUCAAAUUAAGCAAAUACUCUUCUAUCAUCAUUGAUGAAGCGCAUGAAAGAAAUAUUAAUACAGAUAUUUUAAUCGGUAUGCUAAGUCGUUGUGUCAAAUUGCGUUCUAAACAGAAUUCUGAAAACCCAAAAGAAUGUAAGAAACUAAAGUUAAUUAUUAUGUCUGCAACUUUGAGAGUCUCUGAUUUCAGUGAAAAUGCAACUUUAUUUUCUACUCCUCCACCAAUUCUGCAAGUUGCCGCAAGACAAUAUCCAGUUGCUGUUCAUUUUAACCGUCGUACUGAGUUUAAUUAUGCAGAUGAAGCUUUCCGUAAGACAUGCAAAAUUCAUAGAAGACUUCCGCCAGGUGCUAUCUUAGUAUUUAUGACAGGUCAACAAGAGAUUACUCACAUGGUUAAGAAAUUAAGACAGGAAUUUCCGUUUAGAAAAAACGUGAAAAGAAGAAGAGAAAUGGAACUAUACCCCGCUACUGAAAUUAGAGUAGAUGCUAAAACUGCCGAUGUUGAAGUUGAAGAUAUAGAUUUUAGUGUUAAGAUAAAGGAUAAAGGGGAAUUCGAUGAUGCUUUAGAUAUUGAGAAUGAUAUUAGUGAAGAUGAAGAAGAAACAGAAGAAGGUUUUGAGGAGACUCUUGAAGAAGGCCAAUCUGAAAAUGAUCCAUUAUACGUUUUACCUUUAUAUUCUUUACUUCCAACAAAGGAACAGAUGAAGGUUUUUAAUGAGCCACCAAAGGGUUCAAGAUUAUGUAUUGUUGCUACAAAUGUUGCGGAAACAUCAUUGACAAUUCCAGGGGUUCGAUAUGUUGUGGAUUGUGGGAGAUCAAAAGAACGUAUUUAUAAUGAAGAAACUGGCGUUCAAAGUUUCGAAGUAGGUUGGAUUAGUAAGGCCAGUGCAGAUCAAAGAAGUGGUAGAGCUGGUCGUACCGGUCCAGGUCAUUGCUAUAGACUAUACUCAUCUGCAGUUUUUGAUCGUGAUUUUGAACAAUUUUCAAAACCUGAAAUUUUAAGAAUGCCUGUAGAAUCAAUCAUUUUACAAAUGAAAAGUAUGCAAAUUCAUAAAAUUAUUAAUUUCCCAUUCCCAACACCCCCUAACUCUGAGUCACUAAAGAAAUCAAUCCAAUUGUUGAAGUAUAUGGGGGCAUUGGAUGAAAAUGAAAAAAUCACCGAAGAAGGAAGAAAGAUGAGUUUAUUCCCACUUUCUCCAAGGUUUAGCAAAAUAUUGUUGGUAUCUAAUGAAAAAAUUAGUUUACCAUAUAUUGUAACUAUCGUGAGUGCUUUAUCAGUUGGUGAUCCAUUCAUUAAAGAGCACGAAUUAGGAAUUGAUACAUAUAAUGAUUCUACAAAAGAUAAACAAGAAGAUGACAAUAUCAGUAAAAAUAAAGAGAAUAUUGAAAAAAUUAAAGCAUUGAGAACGAGAUUUUAUAAGAGCCGUAAUAAAUUUAAUAAAUUAGACAAAUAUAGCGAUAUCUUUUGCUUAUUAAGUGCCAUUAGCUCAAUGGAUUUUAUUCCAAAAGAUCAAAGGGAAUCAUUUUUAGAGAAAAACUUUUUAAGAGGUAAGAUAAUGGAUGAAAUAUUGAAAUUAAGAAAACAAAUCCUAUAUAUAAUCAAAUCGAAUCUAAAUGAAGAGGGUAUUGGUACAUCGGUUACUGAUGAAGAGUUAAAAUGUGACAAACCAAGUGAAAUACAACUCAAACUUUUAAAACAAAUGAUUUGCUCAGGUUUUAUUGAUCAGGUUGUUAUUCGGGCGGAUGAACUAUAUCCAGAAGAAGCAGCAAUAACAAACAGAACUGUCAUAAAUAGGAUACCAUAUCUUCCAGUAUUAGCAGAUAAGAUGCCAAAUAUCGAAGAUAACUUCGUUUAUCUACAUCCAAGAUCUAUAAUUAACAAUAUUGGGGAACUUCCACCAAAGUAUUUGAUCUAUUUAUCAUUACAAAAAAAUUCUAGUAAGAAAGUUAGAAUUAAUAGUUUAUGUGAUAUGAAGAGUACAGCAUUGGCAAACAUCGCUAAAAAUGGUACUCUGUUAUCUUAUAGUAAACCUUUAACUGGCCACGGGAUGAAAAGUAUUAAUAUAAAUUUAACUGAAAGAUAUUGUUAUGUUAUACCUAGAUUUGGAAGUAAGAUUGAUAACGAUAUAAAAAUUGGUUGGGAAUUAAAUCCAAUUGCAGUUCAUGAAAAGAAAGUUAAUGGUCAAUGGAAGGUAGAAAAAUUUAUUACCAAUUCUAAUUAUAAAAAAUUAUCAGUGUCUAAUAAGUAG